AUGUUGAAGCCUGUGCCCUUUAGAGACAAGACGGUUUGCUUAAAUUUGGAGCAUCAUGCAUCGGUGCUCGUCUUCUGGCGGAGCGCCAGGAUGCACCUGAACGCCACCGUCCCUCUGUCGGUGGAUUUCGACAAUCCAGAGGACUUCCUCAUCUUCAUCUUUCACAUUCUGUUCGCCACCAGCGCCGUGCUCGUCGCCGGCUCGGUGGUCAUCGGGAUCUCCUCCACCCGGUCUCUGCGAGGUCAGAACCGUUUCAUAUUCAUGCUGAACACGAGCAUCAGCGACACUCUGACCGGCUUCUCGGUCUACUACCUCGGCCUCUUCGACGUCCAAGAGGGCUACCCCUCGAGGAACGGGACGUAUUACAUUUUACCCUCAUUUCUAGGUGUCAAUGUGCUAACCUUCCUCUUUGCACAGUUUGAUCGCUACUUCGCCGUGUGCCAUCCAUUCUUUUACAACCGCUACAUAACUAGGGGGUUUGUUAUUGUGAUCUGUGCAUUUUGUUGGAUUUACACAUACUCCAUCCUCACAGUGCAGAACAUGGUGCCUAUCUCAAAGGCGGCUCAGAUAAACGCGUUCGGUGUCAUGACUCUGCAGAUUAUUGUUCUCGUUAAAGUGUUGAUGACCAUUAAAUUAUACAUCAUAGCCAGGAGCCACCUGGUGAGAGAGGCGCCCACCGUUGAGAGAGAAAACAAGAAGGAGUCUCUGCGCAUUAUUGUGUUUGUGGUCAUAUGUUUCUUGGCUCUGUGGUGUCCAUCCUUUGUAAAUAUUAUUGUGAGGCAGCUGACGAGGAGAGGUCUGAGGUUUAGGAAUGAAGCCACGAACUUGUUCGCCACCAUGGCGCGCCUGAACGCGCUGGUGACCCCGGCUUUGUACAUCUGGGGCAGCCCGGCGCUUCGAGAGGCCGUGUGGAGGAUAGUGUGGAGGAGGGUUUGUCCCUGCAGGAGGGUCAGGUGA